AUGAAAAAGCAGUGGAGCGUUCAAGCUCGCGAUAUGGCUGAGCUUCGUAAACGGUAUGAUAUCGUUUGCGAUAAGUGGACCCGCACAGAUCUCAAGUUCACUAGAGCAACAGAGAUUUCCGUCCCGGAGGGUGAGAAUGAUAGGAAGAGGCUGGAGAGCCAGAUUCAAGGGCUUGAGAGCCAGAUUGUGUACAUUCGUAACCAGCUUGGUCUGGAGAGGGACUUUGUCCAGAGGCUCACCCUGCGGAGGGAGCUCAAAGCCAAGGAACUUCAAUGGCACCUGGACAAACAGGCCCAGGAGCUUUCUACCACUCGCAAAUCCCUUGCACGCGCAGAAACAAGCAAGUCUCACCUCGAAGAGAAGGUUUCUGACCUUUCUCGGCAGCUGCAAGGCAACAACUCGGAGGAGAAGUUAGCGGUCUAUGAGCGCAGAGGGCCCAUCGCAUCCUCGUCGGCAAUGGCUGUGGAUAGGCUGAAGAUUAUGGAGGUGGAUCUCGAGAACGCAAGGAAACAUGUGGCGCAGUUCCAGGAGAUCAGUCAGGCGAGCGAGGUGGCUCUGGCUUUGUUGGGCCCGACGCAUGACGAGUACACAGCUAGUAGCACUGAAGCUACCUUGUCCAAGCAGGCAGCAAAUCUCGAAGCUGUCAAGCGGCAGCUUGAGGAAUUGAAGAAGAUGUUGGCGGAUGCGAAACGUGUGGCUGACAAGGAGAGGGAAGCAUGGAGGGAUGACAAGAAGAUGUCGGAUACUAUGAUUGUGGACUUGGCACCCUCAGAGAAGGAUAUUGCGGAGGACAAGCCUUUAAGGGACUCGGACAUUCGACUGCAGGAGGAGUGCGCUAAGGCUGCUGAGGAGCGGCACAACCGUGAGGCCCGUUGGGAAUCGUUGCGUCACCGGGUGUCGAGCAUAUCACACGCCAAAGGAGGCGAGAUGCCCACCAUUUUCUCGCGCGGCAACGUAAACAUAACAGACUCAGACGGCGACACUCCGCUCUAUACCGUCGAGAACGUCGAGACGGCGCGGUGGCUCGUCGACCAUGGUGCGAUUGUGGAUAGGAGGAAUGCGGAGGGGGUUUCGCCCGCGGAACAUCUAUCAGAAGAUUUUCCAAACGUAUCGACAUAUCUUAAUUCCCUUCUCCCCACCACCACCACCCUCACAUCCUCCUCAACUUCCCCAACAAACACCACCUCCACCGCCCUCCCCACCCACCCCCACCCGCACCCCCUCCCCUCCCAACACGCCCAAAACGCUGCCUCCGAAGCCCUAACUUCCUCCCUCCUCUCCGACGCCCAAGCAAUAAUGGAGCGUGCAGAAAGAGAGGGCAGGGAAGGGGAUGAGGGCGUGGAUGAGGAGUUGAGGGCGGUGGUGAGUAGGGCGGUGGGGAGGGGGUUGCUAAGGGGAUUGGAGAUGGGGGAGGGGAUGGAUGUUGAUGAGGCGGAUGGGGAAGGAGGAGGACAGGGAGGGCAGGGGAGGAGAAGGGGAGGGGGACAGGGAGGGGGAGAAGAGGGAGGGGAGAGGGGGGAGAAGAGGUCGAGGAUGGAUGAGUGA